AUGGCCCGGCCCGGCACCCACGCUGUCCCCGUGCUGUUCGCCGCCCUCCUGCUGCUCCUGGAGCUGCACCCGGCAGGCUCCCUGGGCCCCGGCGCCCCCGCGCGGAACCUCCCCGAGAACCACAUCGACCUCCAGAGCCCGGUGCUGUGGGUGCCGCAGACCAGCCACCACCGCCACCGGGGCCCGGCCAAGAAGGAGCGGGCCCAGGACGGGACUGUGGCCUCCACCACCAGGCAGGCCUCCAGGCUGCCCGGGCAGAGGCCUGCGGGCCUGCUGCAGGACGAGGACCCGCUCCUGGGGCUGGCGCUGCCCUACCCUGAGAAGGACAACCGGCCUCGUGGGUCAGAGAGGGUCAAGAAACGCGGCAGGGAGCACAAGAGGCGCAGGGAGAGGUUGAAACUGCACAGAGGCCGCGCCGUGCUCCGAGGCCCUAGCUCCCUGAUGAAGAAAGCAGAGCCCUCCGAGGACCAGGCCCUGGAGGCCACCAUGGAGGACUCCUCCACCAGCCUGGCCCCCACCAUUCUCUACCUAACCACCUUUGAGGCGGCACCUGCCACGGAGGAGUCCCUGAUCCUGCCUGUCACGUCCCUGUGGCCCCAGGCUCCGCCCAGGCCUGACGGGGAGGUAAUGCCCACGCUGGACAUGGCCUUGUUCGACUGGACCGACUACGAAGACUUAAGACCCGAAGUCUGGCCCUCUGCGAAGAAGAAAGAGAAACACCGGGGGAGACUCUCCAGCGACGGUAACGAAACAUCCGCGGCUGCAGGGGCGCCGUGCAACCACCACCAGGACUGCCUGCCAGGGACCUGCUGUGACCUGCGGGAGCACUUCUGCACGCCGCACAACCGAGGCCUCAACAACAAAUGCUUUGAUGACUGCAUGUGUGUGGAAGGGCUGCGCUGCUACGCCAGGUUCCACCGGAACCGCAGGGUCACCCGGAGGAAGGGCCGCUGCGUGGAGCCCGAGACGGCCGACGGCGACCAGGGGUCCUUCAUCAACGUGUAGCGGCCCAAGGGGGGCGCCCC